UUGCUUUUCCAAUUAUCCGCGAUGGCUCCAGGAGGAAAUUCUGCGGGUAAAGCGAUGAAGAAGUCGUCCGGCAAAGCACAAAAUAAAAUCGCCAAGUCCGGCAAGAAGCGCAAGCCCAAGAGAAAAGAAUCGUACGCCAUCUACAUUUACAAAGUGCUGAAACAAGUACACCCCGACACCGGCUUCUCUUCGAAGGCCAUGAACAUCAUGAACAGCUUCGUCAACGACCUGUUCGAGCGCAUCGCCACUGAAUCUAGUCGUCUGGCCCACUACAACAAGCGUUCGACCAUCACCAGCUGGGAAAGAACGCCAAGAGGAAGACGGUUACCGCCAUGGACGUCGUAUGUAUACGCGCUGAAACGCCAAGGCCGUACCCUUUACGGUUUCGGAGGUUAACUCUGACAUUAUGUACAGCACAUACGAAUUAUUGAAAAGACCCUUAUCAGGGCCACCAAUCUAGUUAAUUGCUAAUUCACUAUAUUUAAACAGUGCUCUAACUAUUAGAAUAUAGGCAGACCAUUAAGUUUUAACUUUUAGUAAUGAAAUAUUAAGUUGAAUAUUACACACAAUAUUACUUACUAAUCUUAAUUAAUAACCAUGCCAGUGAAAUCAUCUUUGCCCAAUUUUUAAUAACUCAUAUAUUAUUUCCUUCUUCAUUUAUGUUCAUAAUGUUCAUAUGACGAAGUCUGAAUUUCCCAACAGAAUGCCUAUGAGUUGAAGUUUUUCAAAUAGACAGUAUAGCAAUUGCCACUUUCUCAAUUAAAAAAAAAUUGAUUUUAUGAAGAUAGGUAAUCGUUGUACGUUUCGUUUGAUGUCAUAAUAAUAUUGAUUAUAUUUUAAAACCUACAAU